GAAAUCCACAGCCGCCGCCGCUGCAGCUCCAGCUCCCUCUCGCCGCGGGAUCAGCUGAGCGCGGGGAUCACGUGGGCGGCGUGUCGAAGGUCACCGCGCGGCUCACAAUGGAGCUGUCGGAGUCUGUGCAGGGCGGGCUGCAGCUCCUGGCCGAGCGCGGCUGCUUCUCCCCCAGAGCCUACGAGGCUCUGCUGCAGGCCGCCUUCGGUGCCUUGCUGGGCGGCCCGGCCGGCCAGGCCGCGCUAGGUAAGUGCUGCUCCGGGGAGGGAAGCUGCAGGGCGGCUGUUACUGCUGCUGCCGCCGCCUGGGGAACCGGAGAGGGAGAGAGAAGCAGGCCGGCCGGCUGGCCGAGGGAGGUGGCUCUUCCCCCGCUUGCCUCUGCUCCUCUCCCCGCAGCCUCGGCGCAUUGUCAGGGCUGCUUGCUGCCCGCAGCUCCGGCACCAGCCUCGGCCGCUUCCCCUGAAACUCAGGAAGUGCUUUCUGCCUCGCCGAGAAAGGCAGCCGCCCACGUCCUGCAGCCAGGCUCGCUCUUUGUUUCUGUCUGUUAUUGUUGCUGCUCUCCUCCAUUUCCCGGCGGCUGUCAUUUCCUUGCAGAAAAUCAGCAACGCUCCUCUCGCUCGCUCCUGGCCUAAAAGCCUCUUUGCCGAGGCAGCUUUGGGCUGGAUGUCGGUUCCCCUCCUCCGUCGCGUUGAUGUCGGUUUAUUUUCACUUCCCUUUCCCCCCCUCCCCCGGCGAGUUAUUUACUGCAGUCCCUGGGAUUCGCGGCGUCAUUAUUAUUAUUAUUGUUGUUGUUAUUGUUAUUUGCAAAGGUCAGGCUUCUAAACGGGUUGAUUUAUUUUAGGAAGGCUCCGUGCUGCAACCUCACGAUCAAGGCUCUCUGGUCUGUGCAUGAAUAGUGCUUUCUUUUCACGUCAUUGUUCCUUAAUACAGCUCUGAAACUGCAUUCCAUUAUUAUGAUGAUCAUUAUGAGGAUUAUUAUUAUUAAUUUCUCGGCCUGUUUCUGUGCGGGAAACCCUGGAUCGGUGACCGGCAGUUGCCUGCUGGCCAAGGGGGAUCUGGUUGUUGAUGUUGGACCGGCCGCUUUCGCUUAGCCGAUGAAGGAAGGCGUUUGUUUGAGCCGCUCUGCUCGCUGCCAUGUAGUCGCUCGCCUUCAAAACGCGCGGCCUCCGGUAGGAACUAGCUUGAACUGCAAUUGCCGAAUAGCAGCUCUGUUUACUCAGACGGGGCUCGGCGAGGAGGAGGAGGAGGAGAAGGAGAAGGAAAAGUUAGAAAUGUGGCCAGAAGGGUUUGUAGUUACGGUACUUCUGAAGGGACGCGCGCUAUUCGGAGGAGGAUGGUUAGAAAGGCAUCUAGUUUGGUUGUGUGUAUGUUUUGUUUUGUUUUAAACUGACCUUGAUUUAGAACUCAACCCUAUGAAAUGUUUUCUCCAUCUCUUCCACGGGCAAUUUAUAGGGGGGCAGGUGCUCCCCCUCAUUGUAUGAAUGCAACAUCCAAAAGCAUGGCGAUUUUUUAUUUGUAGAAAUAAAUUCUGCCAUUUACAUUUGUUUUAUAACUCGAUGCUUGCCAAGAAAUUCCAGUAAUGGAUUGCAUAUUGAAACAAAAACAAAAAACGCGGGGAAGGAGGAAAACCAGGACACUGUGUUUAGAAAAUGCACUAAAUCCGUUUGUUUCUUCUGGAUAACGUGCCAAAUUCUGAGCCUGAUGGGAUAAUUCCAGAGAAACUUAUGCUGGAAACAAUUUAGGCCAGGUUUGGGUCUUGGGAAAAGGCAUUUUAAAGGAGAGCUGAGAUUGCCUCUUCAUUUGUAGUGGCUCCUUAUGAAUGAGGGAAACCUUAUGAAUGAGUCAAUAUCUUUAUAGCUGUGCUUUAAGUAUUGCCAAUAUGAAAUGUAUUAUACUUUCCCAACUGUUAAAACUGGGCUAUGCUAAGUGUGGCUGCAUGGAAAGUUUUUAGUCUCUCUCUGUUUGAAGGAACAUUCCCCUGAAGUUAUACCAUCUUUGAAAUUUCAUUUAUUUUUAGAUCAUCCAGACUUGGAACAUAUUGAUCCAGCAGUAUUAAAAUAUUGUCAUGCAGCAGCUGCAACUUGUAUAGUAGAAGCUGGAAAGCAAAAAGCUGACAAAUCUGCCAUAAGGUACUCCCAUUUUAAAGCCCUUCACAGGGUUUGAGGUGUUUUAGUUUGUUUUUUAACACCAGCCAUUGCUGUAAAUCUUCCUGCUUGAGUUGUACUGGCAUUUAGGCUAACACAUCCUUUUGGUUUCCCUUUUAGUACUUAUUUAGAAGACUGUAAGUUUGACAAAGAAAGAAUUGAACAAUUUUGCACCGAAUACCAGGUUUUCAAGCCUAUUUUAUUAUUUUUUUAUUCCCAUAUUCAUAUUUUAUUUGUUCUGUAGAAGAUGGCAAACUUUUUUCUCUUCUUUGCAGAAAAAUAAAGAUACCUUGGAAAUCCUAUUGGGAAGGUAUGUCAAAGGAAGUUGUUUUAUUACUUUAAGGUUACAAACUGAAACAAACUUACUAGGGAGUAAGCCCCAUUGAAUACAUCAGAACUAUAUGGCUAGAGUUUUGCUAUUAAUUUCAAAUGCACCUUUAAAGUUAAUAUAAGAGGCUGCUGAAAUGGAUACAGUGGCGAAAACAUAGGCACAAGUUAUCAAGUUGAGAUAAUUUGUACCCUUAACCCACUUUUGAAAUACACUAUUGAUCUAUGGAACAGUCACCUUUUUAUGCCUGAAAUGUGUGCAACAGCUUUUUCAUUUAGCAUAAUAUAACCUAAUAAGAAAAUGAUGAUUGUGUUCUUCAGUAUAGGCAGAUGUCCGCUGCAUAUAACUGAUGUUUGUUGGCGUUUGGAAUAUCAGAUCAAGGUAAUUUAAUAAGGGUACUGCUUUAUUCUGGUAUCUUUAUCUGCUAAAUUCUGAUACAUUUUUUUUCUCUUCCCUUAUUACUUUAGACUAAUCAACUUCAUAAAAAUUAUCGCCCUGCUUAUCUGAUGACCUUAAAUGUUGAGGUACUGCACCCAUUCUUAUGCUUUUCCUCACCAUCACUGAAUUAAAUAUUACUUCAGGUUUUGCCAGAUGUUAAACUUCUAACAUUUGGGAUUUUUGUUCCUUUAGAACAGUGACUCAAGAUCUCAACCGGACAUUAAUUUUAGUUGUUCUAUGGAGCAAUUACAGGUAUUUCUUCAUAUGUUUGUGCGGGUGUGACCAUUUCAGGUGUCAGAAUGAAAUUUUCUAUCAGGAAUCCACCCAAACUAAAGCUUGCAAAAAGUGUGUUUAUUAAACUUCUUACUUUAUAAUGGUUUGAUUAUGUACCUCACCAAAUUGAGAUUUCAGAUUAACCCACAUAGUAGCUAUGAUCUUGGAAUCACAUUUUAAGGGGGUUGGAGGGAACUGUUUCAAAUGUAAUACCUGAGGGGAAAUUCACUUUCUGCAACUAUAUACUGUGCAUUAAUAUAAAGAGUGCAACUUGCAUUGACUUUGGCUAAAUUGGGUUUGUGUAAAUUGUUCAAGGACGGUAAACUGAGCUCUUUAUACAAAGAAGUUCACAUUGACUACAGCAAGUACUAAACAAAACCUAACCCAAGCAUUAAAAAGUGUAAAAUUAGGUAAAGAUUGAGAAGUUGAGCAAAAGAAAAGGGUUACAGGUUAAUCCUGGGAAUUAUUUUAAAAUAAAAAUUAGUUUUACAUUCCAUAUUAAAUUGAAAUUUUAAUCCAUUGCAAAUAAGUAAAUAUAUUUAGGAAUGCAACUUGAAAAGUUGAUGAAUUAAUUUGUUAUAUUAAACAGCAAGAAAGAUAGCGAAGUUGUCUCUGUCUUUUGAUACUUUUUAUUUAAUUUAUUACGGUCAUUUAUAUUCUGCUCUAUAUUAAUCCAAGCACUUUCAUUUUAAAAAUUCUGCUAUUAGCACAACAUUUCUGUUAAGAAUGUUCAGUAUCUACCCUUAACUAAAAUAUGACAGAAAGGCUGAAUGUUUCUUAAAGAUAUAAAAUAGCUGACUUGUAGGCAUUCUUCUCAAAGUGUUAGACACCAAGUUUUCCAGAUGUAAACUUGAUCACCUUUGAAGACAACAUUCACAGAACUAACAUGUUCAAGUAACCCCACUAUGUACAACAAAUUACUUCUUUUCUAAAGUUCUUACUUCAUGUUUUAGGAUUUAGUUGGGAAACUAAAAGAUGCAGCUAAAAGCCUAGAGAGAACAACUCAGCUGUAACUGCAGACCUUGGCAGACUAUUGGAUCCAAGAAGAAAAAGAAAUUAUUUCCUAACAGUUUCAUCUUUGAACAUUAAUAUGAUUACUCCUUGUUCUGACUUCAUUUGAUGGGAUUUUGAUAAAGCAUUGGCUGUACUGAAAUGGAAUGUCUACUUUCUAGCCAAUGUUUCAUGUUUUGUAUGUUUGUACAGUCAAGACUGUAGCAUUUUUAGUAUCAUGUCUAAUGGGAAAAUGUUUAUUUGUUAGAUAACCAGAUAAUUGUCUUCUUCUUUUUUCCCUGUCACCUUGUUAAAUAUCUGCUCCCUGCUCAGUCUUGUCCUGUCUUUAAAAACAAGGCUUUAUUUCCCAUUUCUAACCUCUAAUAAAAACAGAGAGCAAAAGCAAUAGAGAGUUGAUCUAUUUUGUGUGCCACAUCUAUCAAUAAUAAUGUGUGUUGAUUGGGGGACUGGAGGGAUGGUUGGGUUCUCCUGAGGGUCCCCACUAUGGAGUCAACAUUCCAAGAGUAACCUUCUCACCAGCAAAGAUCACUUUGAAGGGCUGUGAGGCUCUGAACCUAAGGAGGCCUUCAUUGUGUUGUAAUUAAGUAGUCAGUCGUCUUGAGUCUCAUUUUGGUGAAGUCACGUUGCAGCUUUUUGAAAAAUAAAUAAAUAAAUUGGCGAUUCACACGCGAAACGAAA